UAUACUCUGAUAGAGAUUCAGGUUCCCUGCAACGGAGACGGUGUGUGUAUGCGGUGCAAGGCCACUCCACCAGCGGAAGAGUCGCUCACGUGCAGCACGUGCGUCACUCCAUGGCACGUGGCGUGUCUCCUCCCCGAAUCGCUCGUUUCUUCUACCGGAGAGUGGCAGUGUCCCGAUUGUUCGGGCAAUGUCGUUGAAUCCGUCGUUCCGGUUUCCGGAACCGCCGGCGGUUCGGUUCUUGUAGCAGCGGUCCGUGCGAUCGAGGCUGAUGUGAUGUUGACUGAAGCUCAGAAAGCAAAAAAAAGGCAAAAACUCAUGAGUGGUGGUUCUAGUGGUGGUGACGAUGUAGAAGACGACAAGAAGAAGGAGAAGAGCGAUGAUGAAGAUAUCUGUUGCUCUAUUUGCAUUAAAUUGCCAGAAAGACCUGUCACGACACCGUGUGGUCACAACUUCUGCUUGAAAUGUUUUGAGAAAUGGGUAGGUCAAGGGAAUCUAACUUGUAUGACAUGCCGAGGAAAGAUUCCAAAACAUGUGGCGCAACUUAGCUCUAGUCUCUGCUAUCCUUUUAGCAAAGGCACAGCAUUUCAUCCGGAACCAGCACAGGCCUGACAAGUGAUCAUUUUGGUCCGAUUACAGCAGAUAAUGAUCCCACUAGAAAGAAAUCUUGGGCUGACAGGCAAGAUUGUAGGCAGUGGGGAGCGCAUUUCCCUCAUGUCUCUGGAAUCGCUGGGCAAUCGGGUUUUGGAGCUCAGUCAGUUGCUCUCUCUGGAGGGUACCUAGAUGAUGAAGACCAUGGUGAAUGGUUCCUCUACACUGGAAGGGAUCUCACUGGAACAAGAGAACUAGCAAGAUACAGUCUUUUGACCAGACAUUUGCGAAAAUGAAUGAAGCUCUAAGAAUUAGUUGCAAAAUGGGCUAUCCUGUCAGAGUUGUCAGGUCUCACAAGGAAAAGCGUUCUGCAUAUGCCCCUGAGAAAGGAGUGAGAUAUGAUGGUGUUUACAGAAUUGAGAAGUGCUGGCGAAAAGUUGGAAUAGAGGGUACUUUUAAGGUCUGUCGUUACCUGUUUGUUAGAUGUGACAAUGAGGCAGCUCCAUGGGCCAGUGAUGACCUUGGUGAUCGUCCAAGGCCAUUGCCUGUUAUUCCUGAGCUCAAGAAAGCUACUGACCUGUUUGUGAGAAAGGAGAAGCCAUCAUGGGAUUUUGAUGAAGCUGAUGGUCGUUGGAAAUGGAUGAAGUCUCCACCUGCUAGUAGAAAGUGUAUUGCUGCUCUGGAUCCUGAGUAUAGGAAGAUCGUUAGGAAAAGAGGAAAGAAUUCUGAUGACCUUGGUGAUCGUCCAAGGCCAUUGCCUGUUAUUCCUGAGCUCAAGAAAGCUACUGACCUGUUUGUGAGAAAGGAGAAGCCAUCAUGGGAUUUUGAUGAAGCUGAUGGUCGUUGGAAAUGGAUGAAGUCUCCACCUGCUAGUAGAAAGUGUAUUGCUGCUCUGGAUCCUGAGUAUAGGAAGAUCGUUAGGAAAAGAGGAAAGAAUUCUAUGAUGAACAAACUACGCAAAGAAUUCAGCUGCCAAAUCUGUCAGAAAGUGAUGAGUCUUCCGGUGACAACGCCUUGUGCUCACAACUUCUGCAAGGGGUGCUUAGAAGCUAAAUUUGCUGGGAUCUCUCAAGUGCGGGAGAGAAGCAGAGGCGGGCGCACACUACGUGCAAAGAAGAACGUCAUGACCUGUCCUUGUUGCACUAUUGACCUCUCUGAGUUUCUCCAGAACCCACAAGUGAACAGAGAACUGAUGGAGGUGAUUGAGAAUCUGAAGAAGAAAGAGGAAGAGUCUCAAGCCGUUGAUGAAUCAAGCAAUGACGCAGCAGAGUCUUCUGGAGGAAACACAGAGUCCGAAGAAGAAGGAGGAGAAGAGGAAGAAGAGGAAGAAGCUGAACCACCGAGUAAGAAGAUCAAACUGGACAGCGACUGUGUUGGUGCUGGAAACUAAGAAACUAGAGUGACUUAGUAUAUACUCUCUCCGUUUUACAAAGAGUGUCAUUCUGGAGAUUUUUCUUUGUUUCACAAAGAGUAUCACUUCACAAUUCCAAUGCAUUAUUUUAUAUUUCCAAUGCAACUUUUACCUUA